ACAUUAUGAAGAUCAACAUUUUCAUCUUAUAUAUGAUCCUACGAGGUCUUUUGGCUCAAGAAAAAAAUCUUAAUUUUUCUUUUGAUCGAUCAAAAAGAGAUUUAUCAAAAUCAAGAGCUCUCAUUGAUUACGACGAUUUUCCAGAAAAUCCAAAUUCAUUAUAUUAUAAACAAAUGUAUCUCUCUGGUGGAUUGAAUGAAGUAAAACGAAGAAACAUAUUAUACUCUCAAAGCUUCUGCCCUUGUGAAAGCCAAUACGAGAUAAAGGAUUUAGGUGAAGGACAUUAUCCUAGACAUUUAACAGUAUCUCAUUGUAAACCUAAAACAUGUCAGGAUAAAUUUAAUUCAUGUAAAUUAUUAAAAUAUAUGGUACACAUUUUAAGUCAACGAGAUGCAAACACUUUGACGGAAGAUGAGAAUAGUUACAUGGAUGAAAAUGCACCACUUCCUGAAUCGCUUCGUCAUAAAUGGCAAUUGAAACCGAUGUACAUUGCGGUUGCUUGCGUGCCUGAGACAGAAGGAAGAAGGAAUUAAGAGAAGAAAAAAAAAAAGAAAGAAAAAGAAACAAGAAAUUUAACAAUCUAUGUGAAGUGAAAAAGAAAA